CACCGUGAGCGGCCGCGAGCUGCACAACGGGACGCAACAGGCACAUGGAGCGGAGCGUCGCGCUUGGAAUGAUCUGUCACGGAAAUCCCCCGUUGCGCUCCCCCCCUUCUUGGGCUUGAAGAGGGAAAAAAAAGCAGGCUCACGUCUCCUCCAAAACAAAACCAGGCUCUACCGUCCACUCCAUACCACGCAUACCCGCCUAUCCCCGGGACAGCUGUGAACACACCCAGAAGAGGAGGAAGCAGCAGCAGCGGUAGAAGGGACGAUCAGGAGUUGAGAGGAUGGAGGGUCUGCUCCUUGUGCUGCAGAAGCACCCCGGCCCCUCUGUGUUCCUCUUCUCCCUCAUCUUCAGGGGGGUCCACAGGUUACUGCAAAGGCUGCCCCAGCCCAAGGUGGUGGUCCAGGAUGAGUUCCGCUCGUGGGAGUGGAGGAACCUCUCUGUGUCCAUGGUGCACUCCCUGCUGACGGGGCCGUGGGCCUUGGCUUGUGCGGUGACUUGGCCGCCGGAGAUGCUGAACGAACUCCACUCUUACCACACGCCGUCAUCCUACCUGCUGGUCUGCGUGUCAACAGGAUACUUUGUGCAAGAUUCAGCAGAUAUCAUCCUGGCGGGACACGGAAGAGGAUCGUGGGAAUUCCUAGUCCAUCAUGCACUUGUGAUCCCGACCUUCCUGUACGCCCUCUACACCCGACUGUACAUCUCCACUGUUGUGGUGGCGCUCUUCGUGGAGGUCAACAGCGUGACCUUGCACCUGAGGCUGCUGCUGAAGCGGGCGGGCGCCACGUCAUCCACCGUCUACCACAUCAACAAGGUGAUCAACAUGUGCACCUUCAUCAUUUUCCGCCUCUGCUCCCAGUUGUACCUCACCUGGUACAUCCUGCGUCGUUACUCCUGGCUGCCGCACGCCUCAUUCUUCCUGGCCGCACUGAUGGCGAUGAACGUCAUGAUCCUGGUCUACCUAUAUCGCCUGGUGCGGUCUGACUUCAUCUUGCACAGGGCGGGAAAGAGCAGGGCGCAGGACAAAAACUCCAAAAGGUUCGUUGCCGAUUGAGUUGGGGAAAGCCUCGGUGGACCGCUGGCAAGCACUUUGUGUUGCUCCUUUCUUGAAGAGUGAGAGUUUACAACUUGUGUCGUAACUGACGCCAUUCCUCGUGGUGGGUUUUCCUUGUCGCGCCGCGCUUCACUGCCAAGGAACACAUUCAUGAAGCACAACAAGGUGCGGCCUGAUCCGAGAGUUGCAUUCCAAAAAAGAAGUGGAAAGUUCCGAUUCGCCUAUUUGUGCUUUGCUAAAUGUACUAAAUCAUGCUUGGACACGGAUCGGGUUGGACAUUUGUGUGGAUCCGUGCCCAUCAUCCACAAUCCUUAUAUGAGACAUGAAGACGUCUUUCUCUUUUCCGUGCGUUCUAAAAUAUAAAAACAGGAAAAAAAAGACAGAGCUAAGAAGGCACUUAACGGGAAACACAUAUUCCAUCUAUAAAA